CAAACAUCAAGGAAGAGGAUGCGGCUCGCCUCAGAUAUGGAUUACAAGGUUGUGUUCGCAACCUUGGAGACAGUAUGUGAAGAAAACAUUGCCAUUAUGUGUGGGCCUUCUGAUUCGGCGUACGGUGCUGUUGCCAAGCGCCUGGUCACAUGUUUGAGACAGAUUCAGGAGCACAGCCGAGCCUUGGAGCCUGUGAUUGCCAGCUUCACCACUGUCUUCCAUCAUUAUGACUUUGACGCCCAAACGCCUGGGAAUGGCUACCGCACCCUGGUCAAGGUUUUGCUGUCUUGCCUUUUGCACAUCAUUCACAAGGGUCGUUACAUUGCCUCUAAUUACAACGGUGCCUUCUUCAGGGCGGAGCACAAUGCCUCAGAGAUGGAGGCGUACUGCAGCGCUCUGUGCCAACUGCGAGCCCUGCUCCACCUCGCCCAGCAGCUGAUCAAUGACAAUGACUACGGCCAGCUGUACUCCCUGCAGGACGGGGACCUGAGCAACAGGUUUGUGCAGGAGUACAGCUCCAUGCACAAAGCUUGUUUCUAUGGCCGCUGUCUGGGCUUUCAGUACUCGCCAACUCUACGUCCGUUUCUUCAGACCGUUGUCAUAAGCAUGGUUUCAUAUGGAGAGACAUAUGGAAAGCACCAGUCUGGUUUUGGUUUAGCUGCCCUUUCCCUUCUCACAUCAGGGAAAUACGUCAUCGAUCCAGAGCUUCGAGGUGCUGAGUUUGAACGCAUCACCCAGAACCUGGACAUGCAGUUCUGGAAGUCCUUCUGGAACCUCACAGAGUCCGGCCUUAUAACAGGCUUCAACAGAAUAGCCUCUUGCCCAGUGCAGGUGAACUUCACCCUGACUGUGCCUCCUGUCACGCUGCGCCUCCCACUGGCCUCAGACCCCAAUCUGACAGCCACCGUGUCACCUCCAAUAGCCCACUGGGGCCCCGGGCCAGUCCACAUGCGUCUGAUCUCACAUGAGCUUCGAGAAGGACAGGAGAGUGAGGAGCUGCUAGCUUUAUCUCGAACCGAUCCUCCCCCGAUCUCCGCAGCCCAUCUGCCCUGGGUACAGAAGCAGCCUCGCUCCCCCUGGCUGCUCAUCCACUUCCAUGGAGGUGGCUUUGUGGCCCAGACCUCCAAAUCCCAUGAGAAUUAUCUGCGGAAUUGGUCAAAGGAGCUGAACGUACCUGUCCUCUCCGUGGACUACUCUCUGUCGCCUGAAGCACCCUUUCCCAGAGCUCUGGAGGAGUGUUUCUACGCCUACUGCUGGGCUCUGAACAACUGUCACCUGCUGGGCUCCACAGCAGAGCGGGUAUGUCUGGCUGGUGACAGUGCAGGAGGAAAUCUCUGCAUCACUGUGUCCAUGAAGGCUAUAACCAGCGGCAUUCGAGUCCCCGACGGCAUCAUGGCUGCCUACCCCGCCACCUUGCUCACCACUGACGCCUCGCCCUCCCGCCUGCUCACACUCAUCGACCCGCUGUUGCCUCUAGGUGUUCUCGCAAAGUGCGUCAAUGCCUAUGCAGGUAUAGACUGUCAGACGGUGCGGCCUGCAUUUGGAAGCGGCAGUCUGAGUGCUCUGGGCAGAGACACUGCUGUGCUGCUCAAUGAUCUCACCCAGGGAGCCUCCAACUGGAUCCAGUCCUUUCUGGAGCCCAUGCGGGCUCCAGGUGGAGCACGCUCACUGUCAUUGAUGCAGAGGAAGUCUCAGAGCAACGAAACUCAGAGGACAUCCACUCACACCUCCACACCAAACUGUGGAAGUCAGGUGGAUUACCCGGACGGAUUUGAGCCUCUGCGCUCCGAGUGCCUGGCUGUCAUUAGCCCAACUUCAUGCCCCAUUAUAAAGAACCCAUUUGUGUCGCCCCUGCUGGCUCCAAACAACCUGCUGAGAGGCCUGCCGCCUGUACACAUAGUGGCCUCUGCUCUGGAUGCCUUGCUGGAUGACUCUGUGAUGUUUGCCAAAAAGCUGCGAGACAUGGGCCAGCCUGUGAGCCUGACGGUGGUGGAGGACCUGCCUCAUGGCUUCCUCAGCCUAUCACAGCUUGCCAAGGAGACAGAGGUCGCUGCAUCGAUCUGUGUGGAGCAAAUGAGGAAGAUUUUUCAGCGAGAAAAUGGGACGCCUGCUCUUCGCAAACGUCCAAAGCAAAGAAGCGAAGAGACUUGUCAGAGUAGCAAUCCAUCCAGCUGAUUUAUCGUGUCAUUCAUGGGACUUUGUUGCUCAUGAAAGAAAACGACAUCUGAUGUGGGAGAUGCAAUAAAUAUAAAAUAAAUAAAAUAGAAAAGGAAACAAGUCAAAGAGAAUUAUGAGAACGCAACAAAAACUGUAAAACUAGAAGAGGCUUAGGGACGCUGCACAUUUUCUGUAGGCGACAAUGAUCAAGAGAGCCUCUAAAACCUUCAAUAACCAGCUUUAACAUCAUCCUACACUAUGACAAAAGAGGAUAUAACCCAAGUAUUUUUCUAACAAGAUUUACAUGUUCAAGAUUCAGAUCAAAUGCACAUUGAGAAUAUUACAGACUGACAGAAACUUCACCAUAACCAGCCCUUGCAGUAAUUUCUUAACUAAGAGAUAUCAGUAAUGGGAGCUGUCGUGCCUUGAAUUUAAAGUUGCAGUUUUGAAGAUCUCUGCUUCGGUCAGUUGUGGAGAUAAGUGCUAACUACAGUGUGUUUGUUUGCAGACUAAGGGCCUUUACACACCAGGGGUGUGAUGGAAAAAAAAAACUAUUCAUACCUGCAAUGAUGCAAAUUUGCGACACUUGUUUAAUUAAAGCUUUUGAUGUGAAUAUAUUCGCUGGUGCGAUGGGAAUGUGACAACUGCCAGGAUCUGUUGACCCAGAGCAGCGUCUGGCGGUCUGUACUGUAAGUUGCUGUAUAGUCUAUAAGUUACUAUAUGCUAUUUAUUGAGUUUCCUUUAAGCGAGUUGCUCUGAGUGAAUUUGAGUUCCUCCUGGUAAAGAGUGACACAGUGUAUAUAUCUGGAGCUUUUAUUGUGAAAGGUGAGAGCAGAGAAGGUGUAUCUGGUAUUGAGUGCUGCAGGAAAGAGUCCUAAAACCCGAAAAUAAGUGAGCAUUUUACCCGACUCAUGGUUCCCUCAUCUCAAAGUCAGGUGGUUUUUUGAAUGGGUUUCUGGUUAGAUGCCUGAUGUGAAUUUUAGGCCUUCAGGUGUGAUAAAAUUGACCGUGUCUAAAUGAGACUACAGAGCGACAUCACACUGAAUGCCGCUUUACAGUCUCGCCUGAAUGCCCCAAAACAUAUCUUAAAAAAAAAAAAAUCAUGCAACUGUAUUGUAGUUCUGUUUAACCUAACGGUGAUUGCAUUUUCACUUCAAAAACCAUAAAAGUUCAUUUGUGAAGAUCAUCUUGCUGAAAAAAACGUAAAAGUAUCAUAAAAUUUUGUUUGCCACAGAGCUCAUUUUCUGCAAUAAUCCAAAAUCCAAUGAAAAAUCCCAGUGACUUUUUGAUGAGGGAAACAGGGCAACACUAACGUCCUCGUCAUCUUACAAAAACCCGUCGUCCCUGCAGCACUCUAUGGGCUGCCUUUGUCGAGGUUGAAGGGAGCAGUGAAGUUUGCCAUCACGGUUCGGACUACAGAGUGUCCUUGUUGUUGUUUGCUAAUCCUCAUAAGUACAGAUGCCUUAAGUCGCUGUUUAGAAGCUCAGAAAAAUUGACUUCAUUCCUCAUAAUUGCACAAAAGAAACGUCCCCGGUGUGUAAAGGCCUGAAAGCUUGUAACCAGAAAGGUGAAUUCUUUGUAUCAGCUUGUUUUACAAGCCCUGCAGCUGGCAAGAUGAAAGGGUCACCACAGCACAGUGUGUGUAUGUUUUGGUGUGUGCUAGAGAUAGUGAUUUUUCCUGGGAGUGACACCACAAAUACCCAGUUCAUAUUACUGCAAAUGUGAGGCCGCCCAUCAGCGUGCCAUUGUGUUACCUCAUUCAACAAUAGAUAGAGACCUAACACUGUGGCUGUCAACCUUUUACAUGUCAAGGGCCCUUAAAUUGACACAUCAGGUCAUGGACCCUUUUUUGAUAAGAUUUUGUUUCGUUGGAUAAGAUUAAGCCCAGAAUUCUAUAGUUGUCAUCUACAUUUGAGGAGGUAACUGUGGAGGAGGUGAAACCUACAAUCAGAAUAGUCAUUGUUAUGACUCUUACUUUCAUUGGGCUCACUUCUGUAGUGAAUUAAAUAGUGAAAAUAAGCUAUUUCUGGGGACCCUCUGAAACUCCCUCAAGGACCCCAGGUUGAGAACUGACUUAACAGACAUUUAUUUAAAUACAGAUCUUCAAGAUUAUGACUUUAAAGUGCUGCUGAAGAGUAUGAAGAAAAGCUUUCCCUACAUUAGUGCACAAACUGAUCAGGAUUAAAGGUGUACUUGCACAUGGAAAAAAUUUGAGAUGCACUGUAUAUUAUUGUUAUUGUUAUUAUUAUUAUUGCAUUAAUUAUAUGAUCUGGUUUAUCCAGUAUGUGAAGUGUUUACAACCGAUCCAUAAAGAGGCCUUUACCUUGUGUUUACCAGCAGUAUGUGGAUGUGAGUUAUGAAAGCAACUUGUUAUACUGUAAAUUAAUUCUUAAUAUUUGUUCAUAUAAAUAUUUAACACUGUGUUGUUAUAUUUAAAGUUUGAAUUAAAUCAAAGCUGCAAAGAUUGCCUGUGCUUA